AUGGACUAUCGAGUAAUCGACAGCAGCGGUACUGAUGAUGAUCUUCCUCCAUCACAUUAUAAUACAGUUUCACGAGGGGACCGUGUUACAGGAAAUGGAAGAUCUGUUGUAAAUUCAGCUCCACACAGUAGGAUGCAUGGUGACAUGGAGCUCCAAAUUCACAAAAUUGAGCAAGAAGCAUAUGGUGCUAUCCUAAGAGCUUUUAAAGCACAGUCUGAUGCACUAACAUGGGAGAAAGAAGGUUUAAUAACAGAACUUAGGAAAGAGCUCAGAGUGUCAGAUGAUGAGCACAGGGAUCUACUCAACAGGGUUAAUGCUGAUGAUCUCAUCGUUAGGAUCAGGGAGUGGAGAAAGGCCGGUGGGAACCACAAUACCAUGCUCAACAUGCUCCACCCUGUUCAUGACCUAGUACCCAGUCCAUCAGUUUCAGGGUCUCGCAAGAGGCAGAAAACAUCCCAAUCAAUACCUCUACCAUUUGGAACGCCCUCACAGUUGUUACACCCUCAAAUGGUUGCUGGAACCACACAGCCAUCAUCCACAGCUGCAAAAUGGGGACCUGCUUCAGGAGCUGGAGGCAAAAAGUCUAGACCUUACCCUUCUACAGGUCCAAGGGGUCAGCUUGCCAAUCAUGGUUAUUCUGGUGCUCUUUUGCCAAAUGAACCUACUGGAACAGCAGGUGAUCCAUUAAUUGGAAGGAAGGUGAUGACAAGAUGGCCCGAGGACAAGAAUUUCUAUGAGGCUGUCAUCAUUGAUUACAACCCAGUAGAGGGCCGACAUGCGCUGGUUUAUGAUGGAAAUACGCCAAAUGAAACCUGGGAAUGGGUUGAUCUGAAAGAGGCAAGUCUUAUUCACUAUUUAUAUUAUCUAAAACAUCUAGUGUCACUUUCCCCGUUCUUUUUUCAGCAACAAGAAAGUAAGAAAAUAUGUUGAUAGCUACAAAAUUAGAUCAUAUUUUUCUUUAAAUAAGGGCUAUAUUACUUUCAUCUUUAUGCAUAUGAUCUCCUUGUCACCUGUGGGCCUGGACUAACUGAAGUUUAGUUUUCAACCGUAGAGUAUGAAAUCUUGCUAUAAUCAUGUGCACGAACUUCACCUGAGUGGAUUAGUCCUAGUAUGUGGGGUUGGGUUGAGUCUUUCCAUCACACCGUGUUUGGUUUGGAUGUUGAUCAUGAGCGUGAACCAUCACGUGGAGACAAGAUGGGGAAAGAAUAUAUGUGGAGAACUUGAUAUCCAGAGAAGGAUGAAAUUAAAGUAAUGCGUCAACAUAGCUUUGAGCAUUUUGAUUAUAAGAGAUGGAUGAAUGAAAAAUAAUGCAUUCAAAGAGCUUCGAGCUUUUUCCUCAUGUUCUUUCUUCUCUUUUUCCUUUUACCUCCUUUGGUCCAUGCUCCUUUUUCCUUUAAUUAACAAAAUCUAAGUAUAGAUUGCAUCCAAGUUUAUUUUUGGUAUUGCUUGCAGCAUGCCCCCUUCGAGCAAUAUGACUUUCGUAAUACGCAAAGCAGUUGAGCGAUAGCUCUUCGAUUGCUACAGUCUUGCAAUUGUGAAAGAGCGAAGUUACGGCUUUAGGCAAAGAGUGAUAGCAAAACCCUCAAGUCUUAUUAAUUUGUUUCUGAACAACAGUCAUUCAUUAUGGCUGGCCCGACUAAACAUUGAAAGCCCGGUCCGGAUAAGCUAUAUUAUGGAACUGAUUUGACCGAACUGGGUUUGGGUCUAAUGGAACAAGAUCUUGAUCUCAAUAAGCAAUUAGAAUCUGGAAGGUCCGGCAAGAAUCAGUGCGACUUGCCAAACUUUCCUGUCGAUGUGAGCUCUUAGGAGGACCAAUGCCCAAUUCCAUAACUCUUAGUCAUUACUCAUUCUUUCUUGACUCGAUAGGAAUUGCUAUCUCCACUUGAAUAAAAUCCUAGUGCGAGCAACGGCUACUACUUCGGUCUUGCUUGGUUUAUUUUUCAAAAUCAAAUCAAACUCUGCCAAAAGUUCU